ACAUGUUGUACCCGGCGCACGAGGGCCAGGUGAUGGUGAGCCGUCUAGUGGAGGAGUUGACUCAGCUAGACCUGGUGGACGACCUCCUGCACGCCCGUGGCCAGGCCAUCUACGCACUCACCGCCUGUGUGCCCAAGAACCUCCACCACGCCUCGAGUGGUGGGAAGAGGUUCAGUGUGGGCGGUGACGGUGACACCCUCAAGAUACACACCCGACGACGACGGCGAUUGUCCCUCAGUAAUCUCCUGACCCACCUCCUGCCCGCCCACACGCCCACCUCCACCGUGUACCACCCACCCUCCAACAAGGGAACGACACUGGUGGUGGUGAGGAGGUCGGUGCAGCGGUCGUCGGAGGUGAGGGUAUACGGGCCGGCGGGAGCACUGAGGAGUGUGUUCCCUGGGGCGGCCGUCACCACCUCAGACGCUACAUACCCUCACCUGGACUCACGCGUCUCACCCAGCAGCAGCAAUGUUCAUCUCCUCCUCAAUACACUAACUCACAGCGGCUACCUACCCACCGUCAGGUCGUCGUGGGUGGAAGAUUACAGCGGCGCCCUCGUCACUCAGUGGCUUGUGCACAGAAGGCGGGGCGGAGUCAAGGCCUUGUCCCCGUCCUCCUCUACUCUCCAACACUCUUCCUCCACCACCAACCUCUCCAACAUCCCCCCCAGCUGUGGUGGUAACAGUGAGUGCGGAGGAGGAGCACUCAGGAACAGACUUAAGACUCGGAGUAAAUCCAUCAUGAGCCUUGCGACCGAACACACUCAGCGACCAACACUCACCCUCAAGCGCAUUCUCAGCGUCAUCCUCUGACCAGACUCCCACUCGAGACACUGAUCCAAGUUUACAGGACUUCACUUAUCGUUAACCCCCAAACUAUAUAUUGCCCACUACUUAUUACCACCAUGUCCAGUAUUAUAGGGAGGGAAACAUAACAUUGUACUGUAUCACUGUAUAGUGUUGAUGUCCCUUAGUCGGUGGUUUACAGCCUUAAAGAAAUCGUCUUGACCAGAGGCCAGGGUGUCACCCAGGCAUAAAUAGAUCUUGUUCACACUGGAGUGCCAACUCGUGGACAACUUGAGUCACACGGCAAGUGCUACUCACCUCAAGAUUAUUUUUAUCAUCCACAAUAAUAAAGCAACAAGUUGUAUGUGUGUUUGGCUACCUGGUGAGACUAAUACGUCAACCUACUCGUGUCACAAAAAUAUCUUAUCGUUGAUAAUGUCUAUUAGUUUUAUGUUGUGAGUACAUGUUAGCUUCAUGUUUCGAGUACAUGUUAGCUUUAUAGUUAGUGUACAGUAAAUGUUACGUAUAUAUUGAGAAUAAGUGUUAUUUAUACCCUGUAAAUACAUUCGCAUAUUAUAUUAUCACUAACUGCUUAUUACAUGUCACUAAGAUAAUACAGUAUUGCUUGUUUAACACCAUUUUAUUGUACAAGGUGUUUACAAAGUCCGUUGAUGUUUGAGUCUGCAGCUUCCUAUAAGAAAGUUCACAUCAAGAUUAUGACUUAAACUAGCAGAUGGAUUUGUACACAACACAUACGCGUUCUUCACACCUCCACCUGUAUGUGAGAGGACAAUAUCACCUCGGACACAGUGAAGACUACAGUUGUGUGCUGAAGAUGGUGGAGUAUAGACCCAUGUUCUCAAUGUUAAAGGGACUCUGUAUACACAAACCACAAAAGACUUCGUAAACACCCUGUAUGUUAAGAGUACUUGUUGACUUAAUAUUAUAAUUAACUGUUUUUGUAUCUCGAUUAAGAACCAUCUGCCGGGGGUAACCACUGACGAGGAACUAGACUUACUGAGGCUGAGGUGGAGGACUUUAAACACAUUACCGCAACAAUAAUCUAAAUGAUAGUGACCAGGUGAACCUUACCAACCAGACUGGUGCCAGCACUUCGGCACCUCAGUUAUCCAGAGAGAGUAGAGCGCCUGCAACUGCUAAACUUAUACUACAGACGGUCAAGGGGUGACCUAAUUGAAGUGUACAAAUAUUUCAAAGGGCACUACCCAGUCGAGUGUCCAUACCUAGAGCUGGCGGAC